GUUGGAGAGCUACUGGUUGUCAACUGCAGGUUCAGUGUUGGAGAGCGGAGAAGACAGGAGUGCCCUGAAACAUGAGUCAAACGGCUGCCAUCACGAGCCAACUGGCUGCCACAAAGAUAGCAGAUGCCACCCUUAAGGACUCGGAAAACAAGCCAGAGGCGGUGAAAAACUCCACCGAAAUGAUGACUAACGGUGCCACCUCUGAACAAGAGCAGGAAUUCGCCGAUCCUUUUUGCAAUGCCGAUAAUCCUCAGAUAAUUACCUUUCAAGAUGUUACUUCGGCAGCCUUCAAAAUAAAGAAGGGAAUCGAGUACACGCCUUGUCCGAAAUCGCACCUGUCCGAGAUGGUCGAUAUGGACAUUUAUCUGAAGAAGGAGUUCCUGCAGUUCACCGGUAGCUUUAAAGAACGUGGAGCUCGAUACGCUCUAAUAAUGCUGUCCGAAGAGCAGAAGAAGAGGGGAGUUAUUUCUGCUUCGUUGGGAAAUCAUGCUCAGGGUCUAAGUUAUCAUGGUUGGAAGUUGGGUAUUCCUGUGACCGUCGUGAUGCCUUCCAAGGCUUCCCUAAUGAAAAUUCAAAAGUGUCGCAACUAUCAGGCCACAGUCAUUGUGAAGGGUGUUGAUAUGGGCGAGGCAAAAAAGAUUGCACUCCGGAUGGCGCACGAAACGGGUCUGACGUACAUCAACGGGUAUGACCACCCGCAUAUCAUGGCCGGCCAGGGCACUAUCGGACUGGAAAUUGCGGAACAAGUAAGCAACGUCGAUGCCGUGGUGGUUCCAGUCGGAGGAGGAGGACUCAUCGCCGGGAUUGCCACUGCCAUUAAGAACUUAAGCCCGCAAACCAAAAUCAUUGGUGUGGAGUCGGAAAAGUGUCCCAGUUUCACAAAGGCACUGGAAAACAAAGCUCCAAUAUAUACUCCCAACGAGGCAACGCUGGCUGACGGUUUGGCAGUACCGCAAGUCGGUUAUAAUGCAUUCGCCACGACCGUUCCGUUGUUGGACAAAAUGAUAGUGGUGAAGGAAGAGUGGAUUGCUUUGGCCAUUUUGCGAUUAGUCGAGCUGGAAAAAUGUGUAGUGGAGGGAGCCGGAGCUUCAGGAUUAGCAGCAAUUCUCGCCGGCCAUUUGGACGAGUUCAAGGGAAAGAGAGUUGUCCUGUUGGUUUGCGGUGGAAACAUUGACACUACCAUAUUCGGUCGAUGCUUGGAACGAGGUAUGGCUGCCGAGGGUCGAUUGCAAAGAUUCACCGUACGGGUCAGCGAUGCACCUGGAGGGGUUUCAAAGUUGUGCAACCUGUUGGCUAAUCUGGGUGUUUCUAUUAAAGAUAUAAUGCACGAACGUGCCUUCAUUCGCGAUGUGAACUCUGUCGAGGUCAAAGUGAUUUGCGAGACUCGUGACUGGCAGCAUUCACAGGAGAUGCGGAAAAUGCUGCAGGAGACAUACCAGGAAGUUUACUUCUACGAGAUGCCAAUGGCUAUUUGAGCAACGUGUGGUGGUGCCAGUCUGUUGAAACUGAAACAAUAGAAGAACGGAAGAGCCGUUCAGCUGCAAUGCACUGCAAUAGUGAAUUUGUACUAGAGACCGAUGGAACAAAAAGCGAAUAAACCACUUUUCUGUUGUCUUCCAUUA